AUGGAAUUUAUUUGUAGAAUUUGCCUUGACAAGGCGGGAACUAUUUCGGUUUUUAGUGCAGAGUUAAAUGAAAUACAAUACUGUAAAAAAAUAACGCGUCUUAUAAAUGUACCUAUUUGUGAAGGGGACGGAUUACCUACAAACAUUUGUGAAGAAUGUGUCGCUGAGCUUAAUUUAGCCUUUAAGUUUGUACGGAAGUGCGAAGCUUCCGAGAAGGCGCUGCGAUGUCUCACCCCGGUGGAUAUAUACACAAACUGUGAUUCAAAAAGUGUUACGCUGGAUGUAAAAAACGAGCACGCAAAGUUAGACUCCGAAGUAAACUGUAUCGAAGACGACCUGGACAUUAGACUUCUGUCAGACUCAUUUGACGACAUUAAAGAAGAGGUAAAAAAGGAAGGACACAAUGAAAGAGGAAAAUCACGUAAGAAGCAGAGCAGCAUUGGCCCAGCCCAAUGUGUGUUGUGUGGACUGGUGACAAAGAGUAAUUCUGCUCUAGAAAUACACAUGCGUGUCCACACUGGGGAGAAACCCUUUAGCUGUGACACUUGCAAUGCAAAAUUUCCAUCCAAAGGUAACCUAAAACGCCACAUAGACGUGUACCAUUCUGUCCGCGAGCGCAAGUUCACUUGUGAGAAAUGUGGAAAUAGUUUUUUUAGUAAAAAUGACAUAAUAACCCAUAUCCGAGUCCAUACAAACGAAAUGCCCUUUGCCUGUACCUAUUGUCCUAAAAGGUUUAAGCAGCUGACUUCUAGGAAUCGCCACCAAACAAUUCACACAGGAUUAAAACCAUACUCUUGUUCUGUUUGCAAUAAAAAGUUUGCCCAUCGCAACCUUGUCGUGAAGCACCAAAGUGUGCACAGCGAUGAGAGGAAAUUCACCUGUUUACUAUGUAAUAAGUCACUCAAGACUAAAUCCAGUCUCCGUGUCCACAUGAGUCUUCACAAAAAUGAAAAGAGGAAUAUAUGCAACUUUUGUGGCAUGACAUUCUCUAUGAAGGGUAAUUUACAAACCCACAUUCGUAGAGUGCAUUCAGAGAAAUCUGGGCAGUGUAAUAUCUGUAUGAAAACAUUUUCUAAUCUGGAAGUUCACAUGCGGAAACAUACCGGUGAAAGACCGUUUGUAUGUCCUUUAUGCAACAUGUCAUUUGCUUUGAAAGGUGCCUUGAAGUACCAUAUGUUCUUCAAGCAUGAGAACAGUAACAAGUUCAAGUGCACUAUUGGUGAUUGCAUGAAGACGUUUCCCACUGCACCCAUUUUAGAAUUUCACUUACUAAAACAGCAUUCUAAGUACACACCAUACAUAUGCCACUAUUGCUCUAAAGGCUUCUACCGCCCAAGUGAUCUCACGAGACAUCUCAAAAACAGUCACAUGGACAUCGAUGUUAAGAGUUCUGCAAAAUCCCUUACAAAUAAUGUGUUCUCUGCGCAACCUACCCCUAGUUAA